CUGCACCGACUUUGUGAGCCAGCUCAUGAUCCCAGGAUGUAUGAAAAAAUAACAAUUGCACUACUAUUGUUCGGUGUUGUUUCCACACAGCUCAGAACACCUGUCAAGGCUCUCGAUGAAACAGAAAGUGGAAAUGGCGAUGGUUCUGAAGAAAAGCCAGCAACAAGACAACAAUAUAAUCAUGCUUUGUCAGAACCAGUGAUAAUACCUAUUAUUUUUGGGGUGAUUGCUGGUAUCGUUGGAGUUAUCCUCCUUAUUUCUUAUUGUAUUAGCCUACUGACAAAGGGUGCAAACGUGCCUUUAAAUUCUGUUGAAGCAGAAAUUCCAGGAAAUUAAUCAAUGGAAAUCUGCUCAUGCAGUCAAAGUUUUGGAAAAACUCAAAGGAGACAUGACUUCAGUGAAGUGAAAAAUGAACAUAUGAAUUGGACAUUUUAGUAUCAUGUAGCUCCUAACUUGUACAAUUUUAGAAUGCAGCUUUUACAUCACAACUCCCAGUGACUCAAACAUGAAAAAAAUCUCCAGUCAUUAAUAUUUCAAGAUAAAAAAAUUUUCUUGCAUGUUUUUGUGUUAUUGUAAAUUUUAUAAUCAAAUUAUUGGAAAUUCAGGCCCAAAAUUUUGCUGGAAUUCAUUCUUAUUCUAUACUAUUGUUUUUAAUCAUGGCACUAUCAAGUGAAGGGCUUGUAACACCUUUUCACUGUUUAAAUAAAUUCAGGGGAUA